AUGUAUUUAUAUUUUGUAUUAGUUAGUUUAGUUCAAUUUGGAAUUGAAUUUGCAUAUAAUGUUCCAAUUUCAACGUUAUUUUUUAUUUCAGACUUACCUCCUAUUCAAUUUAAUCAAAAUGCACAUACUUCAAUAAAAAUGACAAUUGGUCCAGUUAUUGGAUUAUUUGUUCAAAUAAUUAUAGGAGCAUUGAGUGAUCAUGCUACAUUUAAUAUGGGAAGAAGAAGGCCAUUUAUGUUAAUUGGUUUAGGAGUAUGGUUAAUUGGUGCGAUUAUUAUUGUAUGUUCAUCAAUAUAUCCUAUUUUAUUUAUUAAUUGUAUUGAUUCAAGUAGUGAAAAUAUAUUAACAAAUGGUUAUAUUACAAGUGAUAUAUUUUAUGUUAUUGGAUUUGUAGUAUGGACAAUAGGUAUUAAUAUGAUUCAAUUAUCAUAUAGAUCUUUUAUUUUAGAUGAAUUUGAUUCGAAAAAUCAAAAUCAAGUUAAUUUAAUGUCAUCAUUAAUGACAGGAUUAGCACAAACACUUUUUUAUGGAAUAUCUUCAAUUGUAUGUAUUUCUUUUAAUGAUUUUAGUGAACGUAAUAAUGAUAAUUUAAAUCAACAAAUAAAAUAUAUGAAUGUUCGUUUAAUUACAAUAUUUAGUUUAUAUAUAUUAUCAAUAAUUAUUUUACCAAUAUGUGUAUGGACAUUUUGUCAUUUUGCAAAAGAAACUACCUUUAUGUCUGGAGGAGAAUCACCGUUAUAUCAUAUAAAAAAUAUAUGGAAGUCAUUUAUUUCAAUGAAUAAAAACAUGUAUUUAAUUCUUAUAGUUGUAUUUUUUGGUUGGAUUUCUUGGACUCCAAUGAAAGAAAAUACACAAUUAUUGUAUAACACUUAUUUAUUUUAUCAUAUAAAUGAUUCAUAUGUUUUUUAUAACUUCAAUAAAUUAUUAUUUGCUAUUACCUUAUCAAUAACUUCUUUAGUUCUUUUCUUUAUUAAUAAGAUACCUGAAAUAACAUUCUUUAUAUUUAAUCUUAUUGCUUUUUGUACAUCAACUUUGUAUUAUAUUCCGAUUCAUUUAAAUGAACAUACUGAUUCAUUUGAUCCAUUAGCAUAUUGUGUAUCUCUAAUUCCAUUAUUAUCAGCUGCAUUAGUUUAUUGUCAAUUAAAUGCAACACCUUAUGCAUUAACUCGUUCUGUAGUUGAACCUGAUAAAUUUGGAUUCUUUUUAGGUAUUGUAAAUGGUUCAUUAACGGUAUCACAAUUUAUAUCAAAUUCAUUAUUCUUAUUAGUUCAUGAGUUAUGCUAUAAUCCAGAAAAACAAAAUGAUGGGAAUAUUGUUCAUUAUUUUAUGUUUGCUGUAUCUCCGUCUUUUGUAAUAUCUGCUAUAAUAACAUUACUUCUUUUACUUGUUAAAAAAGCUCCAAAAAUCAAUGAGCGUGCAACAUAUGCUCCAUUAGAAGAAGGGGUUUAG